AUGGCGCUGAGUGUCAGUGGUCUCAAGAUGGCGAAGGCUGAGCUUCAGUCAACAUGGAAUGAUCGUGGUAUAGCCGUGUGCAAGGAAGUGGACUCGAGUGGAUGCCAUUGCUAG